ACGGUCUUAUACGCCGAUGCGCAGAUUGCCCGGCGACUUCCACCCUGAUUUCAUUUUUGAUAAUCUGUACUUGAAGUAAAAAAAAAAGCUCCGAGAAUGCGGUGCGCGAUAUUUUUGUGCCUUUGUGUGCUGAUAUUCGUUAGCCUGAGUGAGGCAAGGAGUUUUAACAGAGAGUCAGCCUCUAUGAAGGAUCGAUUUUUGUCUAAAUUCGCAUCAAGGCAUACAGUAUUUGACAAGAAAACUAAAGUGCCUGAGGAAAAUGAAGGAGGAGAAGUGAAAGAUGGCGUCAUUAAAACGGCAACCCUUGACGUUUUAGCAUAUGCCGUCGGGUGUAUGUUGGACGAGCCGAUGUGGCAGGCAGUUCCUAAAAAGGCGUGGGAAGCAUUUGAAAAAAGAAUUCAAGGAGGUGACCAGUGUGAAUGGUCUACAUACUGGGGUAAUGAAUACUACCACUGUCUUGAGACGAUUGUUGCUGUACAUUACUAUGUAAAAGGCAAUCCUACUGAAAGAGAGCAGCUAGACGGUGUUUUCAGAAUGUUCACAGAAGCAAUCAAAUGUGCAGAAAUGGAACAUCUUGGUGAAGCGCUGAAGGAUUCACCACAGGAAUUUGUACACACUGCUACUGACAUUAUGAGUUCUCACUGUGAAAAACGUGGAAAAGAAUUAGACAAAUUUCUGGAGACGGUAGAUAAAGAUAAUCAGAAUAAUUGUCAAGAGCCACAGGAAGGAGCUGACGUUGAAGAAAGAGAUCUUUUGAAGAAACUGACAGAUCUGCUUACCACCGACCUGUCACGACAGGGAGCACAUAAUAGAACAUCGAUCAGUAAAUGUUUCACUUCAGGUUAA